AUGGACCACCAAGCACACGGCGCCGGCGAGAAGAAGGGCAUCAUGGAGAAGAUCAAGGAGAAGCUCCCCGGCGGCCACGGUGACCACAAGGAGACCGCUGGCGCCCACGGGCACGCCGGCACGGUGACGCAUGGCGCCCCGGCCACUGGUGGUGCCUACGGGCAGGAGGGUCACACCGGAACCACCGGCACGGGGUUGCAUGGCGCCCACGCCGGCGAGAAGAAGGGCGUCAUGGAGAACAUCAAGGACAAGCUCCCCGGUGGCCAUGCUGACCACCAGCAGACUGGUGGCACCUAUGGGCAGCAGGGACAUACCGGUACGGCGACGCAUGGCACCCUUGCGACUGGUGGCACCUAUGGGCAGCAGGGGCAUACCGGCACGGCGAUGCAUGGCACCCCGGCGACCAAUGGCACCUAUGGGGAGCACGGACAUACCGGCACGGCGACCGGUGGCAGCUACGGGGAGCAAAGACAUACCGGAGUGACCGGCACGGGGACGCACGACAUCGGCGAGAAGAAGAGCCUCAUGGAGAACAUCAAGGAGAAGCUCCCUGGUGGCCAUGGUGACAACCAACAGACCGCUGGCACCUACGGGCAGCAGGGACACGUCGCCACGGGGACGCAUGGCACCCCGGCGACCGGUGGCACCUAUGGGGAGCAGGGACACGCUGGAGUGACCGGCACGGGGACGCACGGCACCGGCGAGAAGAAGGGCCUCAUGGAGAACAUCAAGGACAAGCUCCCUGGUGGCCACGGUGACCACCAGCAGACCGGUGGCACCUACGGGCAGCAGGGACACACCGGCGCGGCGACACAUGGCACCCCGGCUGGCGGCGGCACCUAUGAGCAGCACGGACACACUGGGAUGACCGGCACGGGGACACACGGUACCGGCGGGAAGAAGGGCGUCAUGGAGAACAUCAAGGACAAGCUCCCUGGUGGCCACAGUGACAACCAGCAGACCGGUGGAGCCUACGAGCAGCAGGGACACACCGGCGCGGCGACGCAUGGCACCCCGGCCAGCGGCGGCACCUAUGAGCAGCACGGACACACCGGGAUGACCGGCACGGGGACACACGGCACUGGCGAGAAGAAGGCCGUCAUGGAGAACAUCAAGGACAAGCUCCCUGGUGGCCACGGUGACCACCAGCAGACCGGUGGAGCCUACGGGCAGCAGGGACACACCGGCACGGCGACGCAUGGCACCCCGGCCGGCGGCGGCACCUAUGAGCAGCACGGUAACACUGGAAUGACCGGCACGGAGACGCAUGGCACCACGGCCACCGGCGGCACCCAUGGGCAGCACGGACACACGGGAACUACUGGCACUGGGACACACGGCACCGACGGGGUCGGCGAGAAGAAGAGCCUCAUGGACAAGAUCAAGGACAAGCUACCUGGACAGCACUGA